CUGGACGUGAAUGCACCAGCGCUCGCCUUCCUGGCUCUGACGUCAAGAAACUGGAGCAGAGAACUAAAAAAAAAUAAUAAUCCAUGAAUCACUCAUGCAAACGUGAACGUCUGCGACCACUCACAUCAAAUUAUCCGUGAAUUUUGGUGUUCGCUGUAGGACUGGCCGGGGAAAAGGUUAUUUGACCGAAGAGACGAGAUAUUCAAAAGCAGCGUUCCAAAAGUGUUUUUGGUCCAGACAUGGCCGAGCUGCUGAGGCUGAUGCUGCGGGUGUCGGAGAAAGCUGCCAAUGUGGCUCGUGUGUGCAGGCAGGAAGCGCCCCUCUUCCAGCUCCUAAUCCAAGAAAAGACUGGAGAUGACAAGAACAAAAAGUUUGUGCAGGACUUCAAAACGCUGGCGGAUGUUGUCAUCCAGGAGGUGAUCCGGCAUGAUGUUGGCGCUCAGUUCCCUGAGAUGGUCGGCUUUAUUCACGGAGAGGAGUCUAACAAGUUUGAAAAUGGACUCGGGGAGAGUGUGACCGUGACAGUGCGCGGCACAGAGGAGGAGACCGCAGCGCUUCUGGCCACCGUGCUGGACGGUGACCUGACGGCGGCGGCGCUCCUGGCACGAGCCAUCCACCAAGACCCAGCCACUGUCGACGCCAGCACGGACGGACUAACGGUGCCGCUCAGCCCUUCCGAGCUCGGCAUCUGGAUCGACCCGAUCGAUGCCACCAGCCAGUACAUAGAAGGUCGUGAGGAGGUGCUGGAGGAGGGGCACCUAUCACCUUCGGGUCUGCACUGUGCUCUGGUCCUCAUCGGGGUUUACCUCCGCAGCACAGGUGAGCCCGUCAUGGGUGUCAUCAACCAGCCGUUCAACCACAAAGACCCUGCAGGUGGAAGCUGGAGCGGGAAGUUCUUCUGGGGCGUGUCCUGCGGCGAUGUCAACGUGUGCUCAGUGUCACAUCCCAGAUCUGGAACCGAAGGACGUCGGGCACUGUCGGUGGUGUUGAGCUCCAGCGAGAAGCAGGUGGUGAAGGAGACUCUGGCCACGCUGUGCGGACCAGAAAAGCUGAUGUACGCCUCGGGAGCUGGCUACAAAAUCCUGUGCGUCAUUCAGGGCCUGGCCGGCGCCUACGUCCUCUCAGAAGGAAGCACCUUUAAGUGGGACUCCUGCGCGCCUCACGCACUGCUUCGAGCCCUUGGAGGGGGCGUGGUAGACCUGACGAAGAGUUUGAAGUGCAGUUCUGAGGCGAAGGUAGAACUGACCUAUCACCAGCCUUACACUGAGGGUAAAGGUGCUGACCGCUGGGCUAACUACGGAGGUCUGGUGGCAUAUGGAGACUGUUCCCAGCUCAGCAGCAUCAUGGGGGCUCUGAGAGGAAAGCUGUAGUUUCAUUGUUGACUAUAUCAUCCUGUACUUUAUUGUAGAGAAAGGUCUGUUGGUAUUAUUUUAUUUGUAAAAAUAUUUUAACCAAAUAUAUAUGAAAACUUGCAUAUAUGACAUAUGGGCCAAAUGAUCGUAAGCUCUUGGGAUUCAAGUGACGUGUGAAUAUUCAGCAAACGAGUGUUUGUUGGUAAGAUUGUACAGACAAGUUUUCUAUUUUUUCUUAACAUACCUUCCAGAGAAUCUUGUAAAAAGCUGACACAAAUGACUAAGAACAUGUGGACAGUGUGAGGAGUGGAAAGGUAUUGUGGCCUCCUCAAGAAGAGUGGAAAGUAUAAUUUCAUUGUUGAGCUGACCUGAGGCUAUAAAUAUGUCAAGUGGAUGGAGUGGUGUGCAGCCAUGUGCACCUCUCAAACAUCUCCUUGUAAGGAGAGCAUCCAAUCACAUAAGCCAACCAACUGACUUCCUUUAACUGAUCACAAAGGAAAAACAAUGAGGCCAAACAAUGAAACAUUUGCAAUAGAAUAUUGGACCUACAAUACUGUAUAUCAUUAUUGUUCGUCACUUUGUUGCUGAUAUAUGCAUUGUGAACAGGGAAACAAAGAUAUAUACACAAACCAGGGCAAACCUGUUGCAUUUAGGAAAUUAUCUUUACUUUGAAAACCAGAGAAAGCAGCGGAAACUUACCCAAGAGUGAUUUUUUUUUCUUUUAAACGGUCUGCCAGCCAGGUAACAAAAGACCCUGAUGAUUGUCAGAUAAAUAUUUUACAAUAUUCCUGCAUAUUCUGUUAAAAACAUUAAAACAAAAUAAAAUAUUGGUAGCUCU